GAUGAGCAAGCAAUAGAGAGGAGGUGGGGAGAGCGCUUUGGUUCGACGAAGAAGAGAGGGAAGAAGGGGGUGGAGCGUGAGGGACGGUGGAAGGCGUGAUCGAUACGAGAAGGGGGACGGUCUCAUCAUCCUCGGAAUCCGGAAUCUAGGGUUUCGUCCUUCCCAGGCGAAAAGUGUAAUGUCACAUGCUCAUGCUCAUCCUAAUUAUGGUUAGAUGAUUCAAGUAGCAGCAUGCUGCAAUGAGUUGAUUAUUGAAGCUUUUAUAUGCUUGUUUUCUCUUGUGAGCCAGAAUGACACUUGAAGAUUUCUUUACUCUAACUGAGAUGAGAGAUGGGCUCUCGAGUCUUGCGAGGGUCGAAGAGCUGCUUUCCAUGAUUCAAAAGUUGAAUGAUUGUACUACAAGUAACUUGGGUGAUGCAGUUAGACAAUGGUCUACAGUUGCAGGUGUUUUAGCAGCCACUGACCAUAAGGAAUGUCUUAAUCAAUUUCUCGAGUUAAAUGGACUUUCGUUGCUUAAUCAAUGGCUUCAAGAAGCACUAAACCUCAGUGUGGAUGUCAAUGGCAUAGUUGUGGAAGAACUGAUCUGUUCGUUACUGACAUCAUUUGAGAGGCUUCCUAUUGAUCAUAAAAGGAAAAGUACCUCUGGGAUUGGAAUUACUAUUGAGCUCCUUCUUGAUCACAAAAGUAUUCCAAUUAAAGAGAAGGCUAGAAUUCUGUAUGCUAAAUGGGAGCUCGUAAGGAACAAUGAUAUGAGUUGUCAUGAUCAAGAUCAAUGCAGGGCCAGUGAAAGUAAUCAUCCCCGAACUUGUGAGGAUGUGAAGACAAAUGAAAAUUGUUCGAACUUAGUUAAUUCAGUUGUUGAUGUUCCUCCAUGCUUGGACAUUUCUUCUCUCAAUUCUACUGAAAAUGAGAGGCUAACAACACCAAAUCAAGUUCUUUCCAUGUCAUCGAAUCCCAUCAAUUCAAAUGCAGAGGUAGCAGGUGUGAACUCAUCAGGGUCAUCCAUCAUCUCAAAUUCCUGUCCAGAAAAUUUGUCUAUUACAGUAGAGUCUUCUGUUUCUGUUGCUGUUGCUGUAGGAAACCCCUCUGCUAACACUUGUUCACAGUCUGAUCAGAAGGGAGAUACAGAUGAUCAACAUGAUGUAGCAGUGUUGAAAGAUGUCCCUGAGGUUGUGAAAGGGAUGGAGUUGGAUAUGAGGGAAGGUAAGUCAUGCAAAUCCAACCAGAGAGAAACUUACAGUAAUUCUUCUUCUCUUGCUUUCUCUGCUUCUUUGACACCAUUGAUGGCUGCUACAGAGCCUAUGAUUGCAUGCAAGAUGGAUUCUGACAAUGAUGCUUCUUUUGCAUCAAAAACAAUGGAACAUCAGCCGAAGGCUGGGGAUUUUGACCAUGGGAGGGAAAAGAGUUUGAUAACAGCCAAGGACUCCAACCCAGCUGUAAAUCUAACUAGUGGUUUUCAAGAUCUUUCUUGCACCGCAAGCAUUAUCAACAAUAUAGGUGAUCCUCAGUUACCUUGUCAGAGGGAGGAAGCCUUGACUGGCAUCGUUAAAGACAUUGAUCAUGUUACCAAAUUUAAGAGCCGUAAAGGUCAUUUUGAAACCUCCACUGAUUUCUUUAAAGUUGUUGGAAUUAAGGCUAACAAAGAGAUCAGUCAAAAGUCAGAGUUGGGACUUGAAUGCUUGGAUGAUGCGUUAGAGGUUGCAAGGCAAGUUGCUAUAGCAGUGGAAAGAGAGGUGGUUGAUUAUAGAGAGCCCUUUUGUAGCUCUCCUGAGUUCAAUUCUGGAGAAACAACUGGUUCUCAUAGCCCUGAAUCUGAAGAAGAAAAACACGAUCGAGCAGUGACUGAGGAAGUUGAUGCUGAUAGUUCAUCAGCUGGAAAAGAUCAUUCUGGUACCUCAUCUCCUGAAAAAGAGUCAGAGAUCACACAGAACAUGAGUUCUGAUCCAGAAAUUUCUGAACAAGAUAUAGAAUCAACCAAGCGACAAGAAUUAGUUGAUAAGUCCAUUAUGAUUAGAUGUACCUUUGAUUUGAACGCUGAUAUUUGCAGCGACAAACCUGAGUGCUCGAUAAGGCCCAUUCAGAAAAUUCCUAUCAAUGUGACCGCUCCUAUUGCUGUUGUUGCUUCUUCAAAAGGAGCUCCAGGGUUGUCAGUUACUCCUCUCCAUUUUGGAGGUGAAGUGGGAUGGAAGGGCUCCGCUGCUACCAGUGCUUUUCGACCAGCAUCUCCUCGAAGAACACUAGAGGAUGAAAGGAUUUCUUCUGGAUCAAAGCAGAAAUCCAAUUUCCUACAAAUCGAUUUGAAUGUGACUGAAAUGGUUGAUGAGGUGGCUGAUAUACCUGCAUCUAGGAGACAGGUGCCUGCGUCAUCUAGUCUUCCGUCUGGAGAUUCAUGUGUGGAGGUCAUUUCCAGAACAGAGAAGAAGCUGAAUUUGGAUCUUAAUCGCCUCAGUGAUGAGGAUGCCUCCAUGAAUCCCUUCUCAUCUUGGAAGCUACAUUUUCAACAUGGAGAGCAUAGCUUAUCGUCAGCUUCUUCUUCGUCUUAUAGACAACCAUCCCUUAGAGACUUUGAUCUGAAUGACAACCCAUCACUCCCUGACAUUGGUGGUUCUCACAACUUUGAUAAAUCAUCUACUAAAGCCUCUGAAUAUUGUGUAGGGCCAACACCUUGUGAUCCUGUCAUUAAAAUCAUGGGAUCAAAAAUUGCUGCUGAAAGGAAGGAUAAUGGCAACCAAGUGCAGCAUUCAUUUCUACCGAAUGGACUGAACAUUGAGCCUACUAUGGUUGCUAGACCACUAUUGCCUUGUACAAACAUGCCAAACCUUGCAUAUGGAUAUGCUGGACUUCCAAGUGCACCUACCAUGACAGUUCCUGCAGCAUAUUAUUCCCCUGGGAGCUUUUCUUACAUGGUAGACCCAAGAGGCGCUACACACUUACCACAUAUUACUGGUGCAGGAGGACUCGGUGGACCAUCUGCGAGGCCACCAUUUCUUUUGGGUGCCACCAGUGUGCCCUCAAAUAUGGCUGGUUUUGGUUCUUCACGAGCUGGUUUUGACUUAAAUGGUGGGAUGACAUCAAAGGAAGGUGGCCGGUUUGAACAAUUCUUUCUGCAAGGUCAUAGAGGUCGAACAGAAGAUCAAACAAAGACUAGUGCACAACCUUCUAGUUCGGGCAUCGCAUUGAAGCGGAAAGAGCCCGACUCUGGGUGGGAGCCUUCUCUGUAUGGUUUCAAGCAUACGAUGUCCCGACAGUAGUUUUCUUAAAAUUUAUCGGGGAUUCUUGAUUACAAGGGAUGUCUUGGGUUAUAGAUAGAUAGUUGCUUAACCUAUUGGCCCUUGAAGAUGGUUGGCCGAAUUGUGGCAUUGGUAGGUGGAUAAAUGAAUAAGAUUAUAGAUAGUGGUAAUGGUUGUUAAUCGCCAAUGUGUUUGUAGGUUUAGUUGUUUUCACUUGCAUCCAUUAUUAUUUAUCAGUGUAUUCCACCGGGUGGAAGCUCGGCGCAUGUACAUCUGACAGACUCUGACAUAGGGAAUGAGUCGUGGCUUUUUUACACAGUUCAUUUAUUUUGGCUGAA